UUAUUCGCUUCGUACAUUUAUAGGACAUUCAGGUAACGUUAUGUCACUUGACUUCCAUCCAACUAAAGAUAAUCUUAUCUGCUCUUGUGAUGGUGACGGUGAAAUACGAUAUUAGAGUAUCAACAAUGGGAGCUGUGCAAGACGUUUCAUGUUUCUUUAUACAUAAUGUUAUCUCGUUUCAGGCGAAGGCAUGCUCCUCUGCAAGCAUUGCUCGGCUGAAGAAUCUGAAUAGGAGGACCUUCGAUGUCCUAGCUGCGAGAUUGUACUUUUAUUAUUCUCUUUGCUAUGAACUCACGGGUAGCCUUGCUGAAAUUAGGGGGUAUGUGUUGAAGAAGAUCCGGCUGGCCAAGCAAACAGACAAGUUUAAGCGUACAGCUCACCAAGAGAUGGAAUUGAUUGCAAGACUAAAUAAUCCGUAUAUUGUUGACUACAAAGAUGCUUGGGUUGAUAUAAGGUGAAAGAGAUACAUUACUGUUUGGAUUUAUGGUU